AUGGUGAUAAAGAGAAUAUUCCGACAUUCACACAACCCUCCGCAAUACGACACAUCAGAUGAUGAAUGUGAUGAUGGUGAUACUAAUUGGUACGAAGUGAGUUUUAACAAUCUUCUAGAAGGUAAAAGCAGUUUUUGUGUAGAAGGACGAAGAAUAAUAGACAUUGACUAUUUUUAUAGAGGACUUCAAGAAAUAUGCAAUCAUAAUAAGGCUUUAGGAUGUACAUUGAGCAACGUUCACAUUUUAUCAGAAAAAAGAAAAGGUCUUCUUUCCAAAUAUAAAUUAGGCUGCAAUUUCUGUAACCAGACAUUUUGUCUUGAUUCUGAGCCUAAAUCAAACCUAGACUUAAACAAAUCUGCAACAUCUGGUAUUAUAUCUUCUGGAAUUGGUUAUUCUCAAUUUAGCGAAUUAUGUGCAUCAAUGGAUUGUCCGUCUUUCUCUCCAAGGCAUUACGCUAAACUUCAAAAUGAGACGUAUGAUGACUGGCAAAAAACAGCUAUAAUUGCGAUGGAGACAGCUGCAGUACGGGAACGAAAUGCAGCUAUAGCGGAAGGGCGCGUAAAAAACGGCAUUGCUUGCAUAGAUGUCAUUGCAGAUGGUGUCUGGAGUAAACGUUCCUUCAACACAAAUUUUUCAGCCCUGUCUGGAGCUGCCGCUAUUAUUGGAAAAAGGUUCGGCGAGGUUUUAUUUAUCGGGGUGAAGAAUAAAUAUUGCUGUAUAUGUGCGCGUGCUGAAAGUAAAGGUAUCCGUCCAGGCGACCAUGUGUGCUAUAAAAAUUAUAGCGGUUCUUCUACAGGUAUGGAGUCUAAAAUAUUGUUAGAAGGAUUUAAACAGUCCAUUUCCAUGCAUAACCUUACAUACGAACGUAUGGUGGCAGACGGUGACUCAUGCACAUAUAAAAAAAAUUUGGAAUGUCGUCCAUAUCCCAAUUGCACCGUAGAAAAGAUAAUCAAUGAGCAUCAGCAUUUGACGCAGACUCUCGAAUACAAACCAGGAUGGUCGUUCUAUUUAGUGCUGGCCGGUGUGGCAACUACUCUCGGCUCCUCGCUGCCUGUUGGUUACAACAUUGGGGUAGUGAAUACACCUGCAGAGGUUAUCAAGACAUUUUGUAAUGAGAGUUUUAUAAGCCGCUACAAUUUACCUCUAGACGAUACAUGGCUCAGUGUCCUCUGGUCUUCCAUAGUGUCCAUAUUUAUAAUUGGCGGAUGUACUGGAUCCGUGCUCGGUUCCGUCCUAGCGAACAAACUUGGCAGGAAGAAUGCAACGAUAGUGACAAGUGCCUUAUCUAUUGCUGGUGCGCUGCUAUUCCUGCUGUGCCGUGCAGCUAACGCUGUUGAAAUGCUCAUUGUUGGAAGGUUACUGGUCGGUUUGUCUGCAGGCCUAACAACAAGUAUCGUGCCCAUGUACCUCACGGAGUUGUCCCCGUUGAGACUUACUGGAGCGAUGGGAGUCGCCUGCCCAAUGGGCGUCAAUGUGGGCGUAUUAGUAGGCCAGGUUAUGGGCUUGAACUUCUUUUUGGGCGGCGUCGACGACUGGCCUUAUCUUCUUUCCGUCUACGCGUUGCUAGUCAUUAUAUGUCUACCUGUAUUAUGUAUUUUACCAGAAAGUCCAAAGUACCUGUUUAUUGUUAAGAGAAAUGAAGAUACUGCGGUAAAAGAACUGAGUCGACUUCGCGGCGUGUCGGAGAGCGUGCUGGUCGAAGAGCUGGAGGCGCUGCGCGAGGAGCGCGACGCGCGUGGUAGUGCGGGGGGCGAGGCGAGGGGCGCGUGGAGCAUGCGCCGCCUGCUGGCGUCGCAUCGCUUGCGCCUACCGCUGCUGCUGCUGUGCGCCGCGCAGGCAGGCCAACAGACCAGCGGCAUCAACGCGGUGUUCUACUACUCGCAGAUGAUCUUCAAGCAAGCGGGGCUGACGGAGGCGGGCGCGCAGUACGCGACCAUCGCGUGCGGGCUAAUCAAUGUGUGCACGGCGGCGCUCAUGCUGCGCAUGCUGCCGCGCGCCGGCCGCCGCCCGCUGCUGCUGGCCUCCUCGCUCGGCGCAGCGCUGGCACUCGCCGCGCUCGCCGCUGCCAUGACCGCCAUAAAUACAGUUUCGUGGAUGCCUUAUGUGUGUAUGAUUGCAGUGUUAUUGUACGUUCUAGUCUACGGGUUUGGUCUCGGGCCCAUACCGUAUUUUAUAGGUUCAGAGAUGUUUGAAGUGGGUCCCCGGCCGGCCGGCAUGGCGUGGGGCUCGCUGGCCAACUGGGGCGGCAACUUCCUGGUGGGCAUGUGCUUCCCCACCAUGCGCCGCGCCAUCGGCUCCUACUCUUUCUUCAUCUUCUCUGCCAUCACUGCCGCACUCUUCUUUUUCAUGAGAGCGUAUCUCCCGGAGACGCGAGGCAGUACACCAGCGCAGGUGACGCAAAAGUGCGCGAACGGUCUGAGGUCGAGGCCGCUCAGUCGGCAACACACGCCCGUCUGA